UUCUUCCACUUUUUCUAUUUUUGACUUUUCGUCACAUUGUUGUGGGUCUUUCAGUCAUUACGCUCUUUUGUCUCCAUAUUCUUUACUUCUCCGCUCCAUCUUCUUCUUCCUCCUCUUCACUUCAACAACUCUUUAACAAAAAUCAAACCAUAGUUCUAAAUGCUCAAAAAAUGCAAUGUCCCAGCAACUCCUUUCGCUACAACGCCACACAAUGCGCGUGCAACCCUAGCUAUUUGUUCAACAUCACAAGCCGAAGCUGUUACUUGUUCAACGAAUGGGGCCAAGUGGAGAUGGAUUCCGGUGUGGACUAUCACUCCGUAUCAUUCCCCGGAAGUGGAACCAUUUUCGAUUUUGAUUCAAUUAGGAAGUUGAAUCAAUCGCAAGCUGUAUUUCUCGAAGCUACACUUUUCAUGUUGCUUUCCUGGCUUUUUUUCUGCUUUUUUGCGCGGUGUGCUCCGCUUGGUGAUGGCCGUUCGAUUUGGUUCAGGAUCCGUUGGUGGAUUAGUCGCCUCGAUGUCUGCUUUGCCUCCCGCCACUGGCUUGAUGAUCAGCAGGUCGUCAUGAAGCGCAAAACAGAGCUUGGUGGAACUUUUUCAAUGGCUAGUUGGAUACUUUUUAUUGGUCUGUUUGCUACUUUGCUCUACCAAAUCAUAUCGAAGAGAGCUAUUGAGAUGCACAAUGUGAGAGCAACAAAUGCACCUGAUUUAGCUGCUUUUAUAAAUGAUUUGGAGUUUAACAUCACUACCAUCUCAAGUAUGAGUUGCUUACACUUGCGUGGCCUCGGAACCGUGGUAACUGGGAACCCGGGCUUCGUUGACUAUCGAUUUUCUCCUCUGUCAACAUUUGCCAACUAUUCCUGUAUAAACACAACUAAAGGACCAACUAUCGUGCUUAAGUGCAGCAACUGUCCGCUUAGUCGAGAUAGUGCCUAUAUUUCAUGGCAAUUUGUUGAUCUCCCAAAUAGUCCUGCAACAGCUAUUGGUUUUCAGUUCAACCUAACAGCAAAAGAUCCUAAAAAUAAGAAGCAUCUGAGCUUGGUUAGUGGAACACUGAGGAAUGGAAGCAAUUUUGAUAACAAACCGGUUACAUUUAGAGGGCUGACACCAAAUAUAUUGAAGUUCAAUUUUUUCCCUAGAAUGUACCAUAAUUUGCAUGACCUGAGGCUCAUCCAACCACUACUUCAUGAGUUUCUGCCAGGUUCAUCUUUUAAUGAGAUAAGUCAACUCCAAGCCUCAGUUCAAAGGCCUAAUGAUGGACUAAUCAACACGACAUUAUAUGUCAACUUCCUAUCUUCGUAUAUUGUUGAGAUCAAGAAUCAAAAUGUUUUGGGGCCUGUAAGCUUCCUUGCGGAUCUUGGUGGCCUUUAUUGCAUCAGUAUUGGCCUCUUCUUCUACAUUUUGGUGCAGUGCGAAUAUAGGAUCAAGAAAUUACGCAAUGAGGAUAGUGUAAUGCGGAAGGUUAGAAGUCGCCGAAAAGCUCAAGACUGCUGGGAUAAACUGAGGAAAUAUGUCAUGUACACAUACGCUCCUAACCAAUUGGAAGAGGUGUACGGCAUGAGAAAUGAUGGUUGUUGCACAGGUGUCAAGAUGGAAUCACUCAACAGAAAGAGCUCUUCAGUUAGAGGAAGAGGGUCUAGCAGAUUAGAUACCAUCAGUUUUAGCCGAAAAGUUAGCUUACCUAGUGAGAAGAGAGCCAUUUCAGAGCAGAUUGAUACUCAAGGUGCCACGCGUUUUUCGCCUGAAUCUGCAGCAGAUCGCCGAAAGAGUACACGUCUGAAAGAAGAAAGAUUUCAAGAAAAUGCUGUACCUCCAAACACUAAAGAUAGUAAACCUGAAGAUUUAGAUAUUGUUAUCCAGGCUCCAGCUUUUUCUGCAGCUGACAACUUAACUGUUCCACCUCCGCCUCCAUUAGAAUCACACGCUGCUGAUCAUAUAAGUAUGACCAAUCUCCAGAAAGAUCUCCAAAACCUCUACGAAUACAAUAUGUUGCUCAGGGAAAAGUUGAUUGCUGCCCAGUCAAUGCUUCAUGCAUUAACCAGCAAGGAAUCGACUUUAGCAGCUAAUAAUGGUGAUAUUAUUACUAGAGAAUGAUUGUGCUCGAUUAAGGUGGCAAGAAGACAGUUGCAACUUGUCCAAACACUCAAAAUUCCAUUCUCCUGAAUAUUCUGAGAGAUACUGUGAUUUUGUAUUAUGGAGGAAACAGGCUCAAAAACUGAUUAUUGAAGGACGUGGGGACCAAAUUUGUGUACAUGUUGCUGACUUGGUUAUCUGUAGAGUCGUGGUUGAUAAUGCCGUGUUAGUAGAACGAACACUGAAUGCAAUGCUCGAAGGUGAUGAAGUACUUUUCUGUGUGCUGUACAAAUUCGGAGGUAUUGUGGCCUGAGAAUCAUUGCCAAUGGUACUAUCGAUGACAGUGUCUUCUGUUUGUUGUAUGAUUUCAUUACAUUUAGCAGGGAGUUCAUUCUUUUGGAGCGGGAUUGUGCUCCUUUAUGAGUUAAAUAUCUGAGCUGGUGUAAUGUACAAUAUGUAGGACAAUGAUUUAAGGAAAUUUGAUUACACGAUAUUGGUGCACUAGCGUGAAUUAGCUAUAGUAGUUACUGGGCUAUGUAAAUCUACCCGAGACAGUUCUGUGGAAAUGCAUAUUGGUACUCCUUAUCAAAUGGAUGGAAGGCAAUCUUGUUUGAAUA